ACGUCAUCCAUGUGCGACGGUCGACGCCACAGAUUUCAACAUGGCUGAAUCGGAAUCGAAGAAGGUGAUCAAGUUAGUUCCAGAGUAUCUCCUGAAAAAGAGGAAACAGUACCAGGCUAUUAAGGCUACACAAGCCAAGCUUGCACUGCUUGAGAAGAGAAAAGUAUCAAAAGGCAAACCAAUACAAUUCAAGCGCUUGGAAGAUUUUUUGAAAGACAGUCACAGGAAGCAUCGUGAUGAUAUUCGCAUCCGCAGAGCUGAUCUCAGACCCCCUGCCCCCAUGCCUCCUGAAAAGCACAGACUGGCCUUCGUCGUCCGCAUCAGGGAGAUUAAAGGUGUCAGCCUUAAGGUGAUGAAGGUAAUCCAGAUGUUUAGACUGAGGAAGAUCUUCAGCGGCUCCUUUGUCAAGAUUAACAAGACCUCGACCGCCAUGAUGAAGAUGGUGGAGCCCUACGUGGCCUGGGGCUUUCCCAACUUGAAGUCUGUACGUGAGCUCAUCCUGAAGAGAGGCCAGGCCAGGGUAGGGAAGAGAGGUGUUCCUCUGACAGACAACACCUUCAUUGAGCAGCACAUGGGUAAACACGGCAUCAUCUGUUUGGAGGACUUGAUCCACGAGAUCUACUCGGUUGGUAAGAACUUCCGGGCCGCCAACAACUUCCUGCUGCCUUUCAAGCUGUCGGUGGCUCGUCACGCUGCCAGGGACAAAGCUGGGCUCCUGAAGGACCUGGGAAACCCCGGCUUCCGCGGUACAGACAUUAACUCUAUCAUCAGAAAACUGAACUGAGGGGAAACCCGUACAAGAUGGACACUCGGCACCAGCUUCAAGGAUGCUGUAUUUGUUGAGGUGCAAAUGCCAAUUUUCUUUUGGGCAGAGAAGCUCAUCGGUUUCACCCAGUUGUGAUUAUAUUACAUUUAUCUAUACACCCGUUUUUUGGUUACACUUGCACCUCGCUGGGAGACGACACAGAUGGAGGCUCUUGCCUUCGCCAUGUUUGAGUUCUACACUCAUGUAUGAAUAACAUCACAUAGUGCCCCUGAACACGGAUGGAUUGAAGCAGCGGUGCUCUUCGGUGGAAAUGUAAUAAAAUUUUUAUGAAAUGUAAAAUAUUGUACUUACUACACAUACGGCAACAUUCCUCAGAUUGUCAGAGGAAUUAAUACUUGCUAGGACAGUAAUUAAAUAUAGAGGGCAGCCCGCCUACAAUAUUUUUAUUUACUGCAUUUGGUAGUUUUCAGUGUGAAAAGGUGUGAAGUCUGUGAAAUGUGCUCCACACUGAUUAAUGAUUCACUGUUUAUACAGUUUGUUUUACAAUUAAAAAAAAAACUAUCAUAAUGACAA